GAAGAAAAUUUUUGCAUAGAUAUGUAUGUAUGUAAUUCAUUAUAAUACGUAGAAAUAAAGGAAUCGGUCUAUUAUGGCUCAACAGUAAAACAAGUAGGGGAGAGAAGAGGGAGCAACAUGCGGUUUAUUAAUCGAUCAGCUCUGACUAUAGUACAUUGAUAUGACUGUAAAGUGAGUGGUUUGUUUUGAUUAAUGUUACAUUUGUACCUGUAAACUUUUGUAAAUAUUCGAUCUUUCGAAAUUUGUUACGUCAGAUUUUAUUUUCUAUAACGUAAAUGCAAAGAUGCCCCAUUUCGUAAGCACUAAAGACGAAAUUAUACAAAAUAUGGAUGAUAUUGCUUCUGAUUUUGCUUGUCUUAAAGUAUCUGCUCUAAAAAAAGCCUCUCGUAUAUCAGGUGAAGUGGGUAGGAUAACAAUUGGCCCUGAUUCUAUAAUAAAUGAAAACAAAACUGAAAAAUUGGAAAAUAUAGAAAAUGAACAGAAUUCUUGUAAUAUUACAGUUCCACAGAAACCUAUUCGCUCACAGAAUAAGAUCUCUAUGCAAAGUGGUAUUACUUUUUCAGUUAAAAAGAUUCUCUUAGAAAGCGAAUAUCAAAGAAAAGAAGAAGUUCAGAAAGAAAUUGCACGUCACUGGCAACAUAUGAAAGAAAAUGGCAAAGCUAUACAAGAACAUAUAGCAAUAUCACAGUCGCAUAUGGCUAAAGAGCGUGAACGUAGAAGUAAAGAAAAUUAUGCAUAUAUACUGGCAGAAGAAAGAAUAGUUGAACAAGAAGAAAUACGUAGAAGACAUGAACGACAAAAAGAAGUUGAAAAAUAUAGAAAAGAAAUGAAAGAGAAAGAAGAAUUAACCAAAGAAAUAAUGAUUUUAAGAAAUGUGUAUGUCCAAAAAAAUAAUGAUUUUGAAAAAUAUCGUGAUAUGAUAGCACUUUCUGAAAAUUAUAAAGAUAAACAUUCUUUUGUCUUGGUAUUAUCUUCUUAUGCUGCAAAAUUAGAAGAGUUACAUCUUCAAAUGAAACUUAUAGAUGAAAAAAUUAAGAUAAGUGAAAUAACAUCUGUCGAUUUGAAUAUUAUGGUAAAACUAGUUCAACAAAUUGAUGAACUGUUAAAUCUAUUUAAAUCAGACAUAGAUAGAAUAAAUGUUCAGAGUGAAGUAAAUUUAACUGGAACAGAAAAUAUGAUACAUUCUCAUACAACGCAAUUGGCAGAAUCACAGGAGCUUCCAAAUAGUCAAACAGUUUGUGAGCCAGUUAUAUCAGAACAAAUAAAUAUCGAAAAUAACGAAGUACAGAAAUACGAAGAAGAAAAAGGAAAUAUAGUUUCAGAGAUUAUGAUUUCUACAAAUAUUUCACAAGAAAGUCCAAUUGUUAAUAUAGAAGAAAAUAUAUCAACGGCCGAAUCGGAUAAAGAUUAUUUGUAUAAAUAUGUCAAUAAAGAAUUAUUAGAAAUGUAUGUGAAUAAUCAAAAAUUUUUAGAAAAUUAUAUAAAAACGUUUGAUGAAUUUUUACAAUCUUCAGCUACAAAAAAGUUUAGAUUUGAAUGUCAAAAAGCAAUAAAUAUACCUGUAAAUGCAAUAUCUGGCAUUAGUCAACAGCACCUGACAGAUAAAUAUGAAAAAUUGCAUAAUCUGCUUAUGGGAAAAUCUUGGCCAAAUGUUAAUCAACAUCCACAUGGGGCAGAUUUUUGUAAAAAUAUUUUGGCUAAAAAAUUAGUUAAUCAAGGUGAGACGCUCAUUUCAAGUAAACCAAAGAUGGCAUUUCCUAUUGCUGCUAUAAUUGUCGCUCUUUGGAACGAUCAUUCCGAUUUUGGUGAUUUACUUCUGUCACAUUUUUACAAUGUUUGUCCAUUUACUGUUCCUAUCUUUAUGCCAAAAAUGGUAGGACAAUCGAAUGAUAAUUAUUAUAAAUUAAUGGGUUAUAAAUAUGCUGAAGAUGGUACAAUUGAGAAACAUGAUAAAUUUUUGAAAAGAAUGUCUGGUUUGAUGAGACUUUAUGCUUCUAUUACUAUCACGACUCAAAGAAAAGGAGUUAAUAAAACUAAUCCACAUGGACUUCAAAAGGCAUGGCAAUGGCUGGCUGCUAUUUCAAAUAUUGAACCGCGAAAAGAAGUAACAGAUCUUUGUGCAACUCUCUUAUUAGACAUGCUUGAAGUUGCUGGAAAUACAUUAUGGAUCGCAUAUCGAAAACAAUUCUAUAAAAUGUUAACUUUAUUAUCAGAGGAAUAUUAUCCGCGCAUAAAAAAUGUAGGAUCUAUUGGUAGUGGUCCAUUGGUACGUCUUGAAGAAUUUUUGAAAAAUAGCUUAGCAAAAGGUUCUAUAUCUCCUCCUGAUGGUCAGCUUCCUCCAAAUUUUUGGUGAUUUCAGUUGUGAAUUAAUUCCUCCAUUUUUUAUAAAGUACUUCAUAAAUUUUUGACCUUUAUCAAUACUCGUGAAACAUUCAAAUAUUAUGAAAGUUUGUGAAAAAAUAUUUUAAAAUAAUUUGUACAUAUGAAAAAUCAUAUUUAUUAAACUUUUAAUGCACGAAAGAAGAAUGCAAACAAGUGUAAACACAAGAAAUGAUGUAUGUAUAAUUACGAAUAUGCUUAUAAAUAAUACAAUAAGAAUAAUGUAAUUUUUUUAAUAGUACGGUACGCUUGUAGCUACAGAUUUUGCGCCAUCGAGCUUGUAAAAUUUUUCAAAAUUUUUGGUAAAGCCUGUAACACCGAAAGGAGCGAAUCUAUCUAACCAUUCCCUGUCUUGAUUUAUGUUUAAUAAGUAAGUUGUAAUUUUUCUUUUGAGGACAUCUGCAAAUAUGAUGGAACAUAUGGCAUAAAUGA